AUGACGUGCAGCACGGUGCGUUGGAAGAAUUUCGGUGGUCGCUGCGAUGCCGCAAUGUCGAACGCUGGAUUGAAGCAAUCCGCCGAAGCGGAGGAGAAACUCUUAAGUAAUGGUAACGGCAAUGGUGGAGUGACCGUUCUACCGGCGGCGGCAGCGGCGGCGGCGAAUAAUCGCUCCAACCUGCCGGUGCCGAGACUGCAGACACGCCGGCGCUCCAGCGGCAGCAUCCUCAGCUCGCUCAACUUCACGAAGAACGGCCGCGUCAAGACGGGGCACGUAUUCAGUAGGUACCGGCAAUCGCGCUUCAAUGCGCGCCGCAUACGCAAACGUGUGGUAUUCAAGCAUGGCGACUGCAACGUGAUCCAGGGCAACGUGGCAAAACGUCGCCGGCGCUAUUUGCAGGACAUUUUCACCACGUUGGUGGACGCACAAUGGCGCUGGACGCUGUUGGUGUUCUCCAUGAACUUCCUGCUCUCGUGGCUUGCCUUUGCUGUAGUAUGGUACCUGAUCUGCUACUUGCACGACGACCUGAAUCCUGCAAACAUCGAUAAUGACGAAUGGACACCGUGUGUGACGGGCAUUCGUAGCUUCAUGUCGAUUUUUCUCUACAGUGUCGAGACGCAGCACACCAUCGGGUAUGGUGGCCGACUGCCGACGGAGGAAUGUCCGCUGGCUGUAAUUGUUUUGUGCAUUCAGAGUAUCACCGGUGUGAUGAUUCAGGCGUUCAUGGUCGGUGUGGUUUUUGCCAAACUUUCGCGACCGAAAAAACGGACGCAAACUUUACUGUUUUCGCGUAACGCGGUCAUUUGUCUGCGAGACGGUGUGCUGUGCUUGAUGUUCCGGGUGGGCGAUAUGCGUAAAAGUCAUAUCAUCGAGGCGCACGUACGCGCCCAACUGAUCAGACAAAAGGUUACCAAAGAAGGGGAGCAUUUACCAUUUUACCAGACCGAAUUAAAGACAAACUCUUUGGUUUUCCAGGUGGGCGGUGACGGGGAAGAGGAUAAGAUCUUCUUUAUCUGGCCCACGACUAUCGUGCAUAAAAUUGACCACACCUCGCCGUUAUAUUCGAUGUGCGCGACUGAUUUGCUGAGAGAGCGGUUUGAAAUUGUCGUGAUUUUAGAGGGUGUCAUAGAAUCAACUGGUAUGACGACGCAAGCCCGUUCGAGUUACCUACCAUCCGAAAUCCUCUGGGGUCAUCGUUUCCAGCCUCUGGUCGCCUUCAAAGCUGAUUCCGGCGGAUACGAGGUGGAUUACGCGAUGUUCAACAACACAUCCGAGGUGGCCACACCACUUUCCAGCGCCAAGCAGCUAGCGGAGAUAGGAGUAGUGGAGCACCAUCUGAACGGAGUGUUUCCGUCCCCAUCCAGCAACACUCUGAGCAGCAUGGACUCGAUGUCCAUCGACUGCGACAAACCAUUGGAAAUCACCAUUCCGGACUGUUCGAUUACCGCUUCGCCGAUCCCGGUGAUGGUCACCGGGCCGGAGUCGGCCAGCGUGCGGAGCGACGUGCACGUGAUCGUCAACGGCACCGUGCGCCGCCUCUCCACACAUGGCCGCCCGGUGGCGGUCUGACUUCGCGCGGUACCCGCGAGGAGCUAUUUAUUUUCGUUAGGAGGAACGCUCGCCAUGCGAAAAGUGCCUCAUUUUAUAUUACGUUUUUCUUACAUAAACUUUGAAAUAAAAUCUUUUGAGUAA